UUAACUCUGUUUUCUAGCUACUCUAAUUUUUCAUGUCCCGGUGAUCGCUCUCCGAUCAUAUUCCUGUAAUCUACAGAUACUACAAAAGAACUUUCUGAACAUUAAUUCAUACAUGUUUCAUCUGCACGUUCAUAUGGGGUCGCAGUAUGCUAUCGCAGUUUAAUACUAUUCGCUGGAUUGUGAUUGGCUCCAACUAGGCCUCAUUUCUGGAACCCCGUCAUGUACAGCAGUUGGAAGAGGGGUUAGCAAUCGAAUAAAAGAAGUGAUUUCGCGCGUUGACGGAUUCUGAAAUAUCUUGAUUAAUCAAACAUUCCCAUCUCGACCAUCGCAACAAUUAGGCAGGGAAAGCCGUAGCUACAAAUAGUUGAAAAAUCUUUGACAUGUCCGUGAUGGGAAAGCCGAUACUUUACUCUUAUUGGAGGAGUUCCUGUUCCUGGAGAGUUAGAAUUGCUCUUAACCUAAAGGAGAUACCGUAUGAAAUAAAACCAGUAAGUCUUGUUAAGGGUGGUGGAGAACAACACUGCAAUGAAUUUCGUGAGGUUAAUCCUAUGGAACAGGUUCCUGCGCUGCAUAUUGACAAUCACACAUUGAUCGAGUCUUUGAAUAUUCUUCAGUACCUUGAAGAAACAAGGCCACAUCGGCCACUGAUGCCAGCAGAUCCGGUUAAAAGAGCCAGAGUCAGAGAAAUAUGUGAUGUCAUUGCUACUGGCAUUCAACCGCUUCAAAAUUUAGUGGUAUUAAUCUAUGUAGGUGAAGAACGUAAAAAGGAGUGGGCGCAACAUUGGAUCACUCGUGGUUUUACAGCUGUGGAAAAACUGCUUUCUUCGAGUGCAGGUAAAUAUUGUGUCGGUGAUGAUAUAACACUGGCAGAUUGCUGCCUGGUUCCUCAAAUAUUUAGCGCCAGGAGGUUUCAUGUCGACUUGAGGCCGUUUCCUACUAUCCUGAGGGUUGAUCGCCACUUGGAAAAUCAUCCAGCAUUCACUGCUGCUCAUCCCAAUAACCAGCCCGAUUGUCCACCAGAAGCAACUAAGUAGCAAGCGAGGCAGACCACUCUCUUCCUCUUCUAAAAUAACUGAAGAUUGAAGGGUGGUGGUCCAAUUAAUGGUAGCUUGACAGUGGUAAAAUAUAAAACAAGAUUCAAUUUGUUUUUUUUUUUUAUCUCUGUAAAUAAAUUUAUUCAUUCUGAGGGUUAGAAUGUAUUGGGAGGGUAUUUAUCCCUAAGUAAAGUAGCAGAUGGCAGUUUUCUCAGAAAUCUCUGGGUUGUGAAUGAAAAAAAAAAUAUUAAAGUACAUCGUUAAUAGAGUAACUGUGUUGUGAUCAGUAAAUAAAAUCUACAACUACCACUGCACAAAUAGGUAUUCAUUUUUAAUCAGCACGUCUGGAAAAUUCGAUAGUCGUAGAAAAUCUCAAUACUGAUCAUUCUCUAUCAAUUCUAACCAUCAACUAAUGAAUGUAAUUUCGUUACACAGUUUGGCUAAACGUUAGUUGGGCUGAGUGGUUUAAUGAUCUUGAGAAGUUUUGUGAUAAUAUUUUAAGGUUUCUUUGAAAACAAUGCAAUUGAGCUGUCGGUUAGAAUUACGACUCCUCUGAUUAUCUGCAAAUGGCUCUAUAUUUUAUUUACUUAGUGCUGAUACCAAAUGUGUAACAAACGUGAAAAUUAGAAGUACACAAUAUUUCUGGCAAGUCAUUUUUAUCGGUCUAUGGCAGCAAUUUUGGAUAUAUAACACAACAGCCAAGGAAAUGUCGAGUGUGGCCAUAGGUUUUGUCUUUUUUUGGUGGCUUGUUACUUGACGUAAAUAUGUAUUAUAUAUAAUGAUUCAGUGUGAUGUUGAUUGUCUACGCUUUUUCAUUUGCAACUCAAGCUUUUUAAAUGUAAGGUCGUAUCCGCCCUGCUGAAGGUUUGGUACCCGACCAAUAGAAUUGGAGUAUUAUAAGAUUUAAGAGCUUAAUUUGAUAAUUAAUUUCGGUCUCUAAUGCAAUUGUUUUCUGUUUCGUUUUACAGUAACAUACCGGUUGGUGAUGAGAUUGUAUUUUUAAAGAGUCUAUGCCAGAUAAAUGUCUUCUUUUGUGAUUUGAAAGUGGUUUAUUAUUGUUAGAUAAACUAAUUACGAAUUCUAUGCUGUUCUUUUUUCAAAGGCUUCCAAAAAUGAACAACUCUAUGAAAACAGUAAUCAAUAUCACAUGCUAUUGAACGUAAGACAUAUUAUAUUGUUAUUUACCGAAAAAGAUGCAUUUUAAAAAGGAUAAAUUUGGAAGAGAGAGCACUCCAGAAGAAAUAGUCAAUUGAAUGCUUGUUGAAUUAACUGAACUUUUUCUACCAUAUGGGCGAUUUUUUUUUAAGACACCUAUGUAGGGUCUUAGAUUAUAUCGUAUAUUGCUUUUAUUCUGCAUUAUAAAUUGUGUGUGUUAAAAACGUGAAAUCUUACUAUCAUUCUUAUAGCAAACAUGAACGACUAUUCGCGUCACUGAUUGGUAGAUAAGAUGAUCCACACCCUUUUUUCAAUAAUGGUCUACUUCAAAUUGAAUCAUUGAAAACUUAUUGGUAUGAAUAUAAUUGGUUAAUGGUGUAUUUGUUCAUUAAUAUUACUUUUUUUGCAUAUAUUCCAUGAGUAGAUCUCGCGUUUAUUAUAUAAUUCCCGUCCUAUUUUUAAUUUGUUUACACUUCACACUGAUGCUACUUGAAAAAAUUAAAGUUUGGGUUUUCAAUAUUCGUGAUUUUAUUAGUCAAAUUGCUGACAGUUGCUCAGUAACGAAGUCUUUUUAGUCAAGAAUGCAUAUUUCUGAAAAACUCCCAAAUACAAGUCGAUCUGCUUGUAAACCGAGUACUGAUUUUGCAAAGGAAAUCGGUGGAC